GAAGCAGCAGCAUACAGCGCGGACCAAUAGGAUGGCUGCAUAUCAGUUUCACAGCCAACCCGAAUAUCUGCAGAUGCCUGCAUGAAAGCGUCGAGAUUUAUGCUGGUUUGCUGUAGUAUACAUUUGAUCGUUUUCUUUUCUAUGUUUACGUCUUCCUUUUAUUCUUUCUCGACUUUCCCCACGGCGUGUUUGAGAGAGAUACCCCCCUCUGUCUGCUUCGUCGCGUGGACUGAGAUAACAGCCGUGCUAUUGAUUUUUGCUCUUCAAUGGAAUACAUUUGUAUUCUAAUAGCGAGUGUUGGCAAUACAUUUCGCAUCUGCUGUGUACCGGUAUUACCCUCUAUGAGAAAGAGAAUAUUCCAUUAUUCUUAGCUGAAGAUUGAAACACCGCACAUAGACACAACAAGUACCGGGAAACGUUCAUUCCUAGAGCUUUCAGUUCCAUAGUGCCUUGUAUUGCUCCCCCCUCGACACCCCAGGACCGUGGACAGCGCGUGUGCUAGUGGCCGCAGCUCGGUGUGAAAAACAACUAUUAGGCCUAACGGUUAAUCACAAUCAUAACAAGAUACUCAAGAAUGUACUAAAAGUAAAGAUUAUACAGGCCGUGAUUCUGUAUGGAUUAUACCAGAAGACUCUACUGAUUUGAAGGUAUCAUUUAUCUUCUCAGAGAACAAGAAUCUUUGGUUUUUCCCGUUAGAAACACUUUUAUCAGAUCCCCCAGAGAAGAGAGCCAACUCUUCCUCCCCUCCAUAACUCUCUCUCCCAGAGGAACCAUGGGUACCGUACUGUCCCUCUCCCCCAGCUACCGGAAAGCAGCCCUGUUCGAAGAUGGCCCGGCCACUGUGGGCCACUACACGGCAGUCCAGAACAGCAAAAACUCCAAGGACACCAAGAGCCUCAAGCGCCAGUCCCUCAUCAGUGUGUUGCCAUGGAAACGCAUUGUGGCGGUAUCGGCCAAACGGAAAGGUUCCAAAAAGCUCCCACCAGACGACGGGCAGAAGGUCAGCACUGAGCACACCAUCACCAACAGCCAGAAGCUGAAGAAAUCCCAGUCCUGCGCCAACUUGUCCUCUUUCACCACGCAGGAACCCACCAUAGCUGCCACCAUUCCCACCUCCAAGACCGUCUCCAACGUCGCUGCCACCGCUAAGAAGAACCCGUUGACUGGUUCCAAGGGGGGCCAGGCAACGAACGCGGGCACGCCCAAGCGGGUGAUUGUCCAGGCCUCCACCAGCGAGCUAAUGCGUAGCCUGGGUGAGUUCCUGUGCCGGCGCUGCUACCGGCUGAAGCGUCUGUCGCCUACCGACCCGGUGCUGUGGUUGCGAAGCGUGGACCGCUCCCUCCUUCUCCAGGGCUGGCAGGACCAGGGCUUCAUCACCCCAGCCAACGUGGUCUUCCUCUACAUGCUGUGCCGCGAUGUGGUCUCCUCCGAGGUGGCCAGCGAGCAGGAGCUGCAAGCCUCUCUGCUCACCUGCCUCUACCUGUCCUACUCCUACAUGGGCAACGAGAUCUCCUACCCGCUCAAGCCCUUCCUGGUUGAGGCUGAGAAGGAGGCCUUCUGGGAUCGCUGCCUGGAAAUCAUCAACCGCAUGAGUGGCAAGAUGCUGCAGAUCAACUCCGACCCACACUACUUCACCCAGGUGUUUGCCGACCUCAAAAAUGAGAGCAAGAAGGAGGAAGAGAAGACAAGGUUGUUGAUUGGCCUCGACCGAUAAGAGGAACCAUGGGAGAAUGGUAAAGGGAGGAACAGGGGAGAAGUGGGACGGGAGGGAUGUGGAUAGGGU